UUAAGUCUGGUUUGUUUGACGGUGUUUUUCCAGUUGAUGGUAUUCUUCCAUUGGCUACAAGAAUGCUUUUGCAGCAACAUACAACUCAGGCCUACUGUAAGAACAAGGAGGUAGGAGUUGAUCUAUGGAGGGGUUUUGGAGUGCUGGUUUCUGGAUUCCAGUACUGGCAGUCUGUUUCUGCAUCAGAAGCUGCAUCAAGGUAUGGUGUACAGAAGGAGGGUGCUGGUAUGCUGAUGACCUAG